AAUCAAAAUCAAAACAUGGAAGAAACGCUGGUUUGCCACAACAGACGCACACUAUCCUAUUACGCAGACAAGCACAAAGUCAAGUUGAAAGGAGUCAUUUACUUCCAAGCUAUUGAAGAAGUAUACUACGAUCACUUGAAGAAUGCACACAAGAGCCCAAACCCCUCCCUGACCUUCAGCGUAAAGACUCACGAUAGGGUCUACUACAUGGUUGCUCCCUCUCCCGAAGCCAUGAGGAUCUGGAUGGAUGUGAUCGUCACAGGCGCUGAGGGAUACACUCAGUUCAUGGUGUAGUGAAGCAGAUGUACGGGCCUCGCUUGUUUAAAUGCUGCAGUCCUUUGUGGGUUUUGAAGACAAAAGUAUCAGCUCCUUAUUUUCCUCCUGGAUGAAGAUUAUGUGCAUUUAACACAGUGCA